AUGGUGCUGCUCCGAUUGCUGCACCAGCUAGCCAAUCCGGCCCCUUCGCAACCGCAACCCCUCAUCCGCUUCGGUCAUGAAGUCUCGUCGAUCGCGCCGCGUGACCUCAACAGAAUACUUUUGUUCUGCCAACACGAGCAGAUCUGCCCGUUCUGCUCUGGAUUCUCAACCUUGGUUCUUGCACCAACACGUUGUUCUCCUACGUUGCAACCCGGCAGUUGUUACGAUAGUCAACAUCUGCUGUAUCCGAUGGAGGCGAACGAGAAACAAGACGUAAAUUCCAGCCAAACGGAGGAACCUCCUCUUGAAAAAUGGAAUGAAACCCGCACGAAUGCGUUUCGUUACCUCGUCACUUUGUAUAGUUUUAUUGUGAUGGGAAUGAAUGAUGGUGCGAUUGGCGCAUUGCUUCCAUACAUUGAGACUUACUACAAAAUCUCAUAUACCAUCGUGUCCCUGUUGUUUCUGUCGCCGUUUGUCGGAUACAUAAUAGCCGCCUUGUCGAAUAACUUCAUCCAUCACAAACUCGGCCAGCGAGGAAUCGCCAUUAUUGGGCCCCUCGGGCGAACCCUCGGCUUCCUUCCUCUGGCGUUGCACCCACCUUACCCUGUCUUACCAUUUGCCCUCUUAAUCGCUGGAUAUGGCAACGGUCUCGAGGAUAGCGGCUGGAACGCCUGGAUCGGCAACAUGCAAAAUUCCAACGAACUUCUCGGUUUCCUCCACGGCGCGUAUGGCCUAGGGGCUGCAGUCGGACCUCUCAUCGCGUCCGCCAUGGUUACCAAGGCCAACAUGCAAUGGUACACCUUUUACUACGUGAUGACUUCCAUGACCGGUUUCACUUUCUUUCUCACAACAGCCGCUUUCUGGACAGCAACGGGAAAAGUCCACAGGGAGAAGCAUCCAUCCUCGACGGAUGGUGCCAACCACACCUCAACAGCGGCUGUGAUACGUAAGCCGAUAACAUGGCUUCUUGCAUUUUAUCUUCUUGCGUACGUGGGCGUCGAAGUUGCGCUAGGCGGCUGGAUUGUGACAUUUAUGCUGCGGGUAAGGCACGCUGAGCCGUUCCUCGCUGGCAUCACCACCGUGCUCUUCUGGUUGGGGCUGACCCUCGGGCGUCUUGUACUGGGCUUCGUUACCGGGCGGGUAGGAGAGAAGCGUGCCAUCGCCAUCUACGUGUUUUUGUCCGUGAUUUUGCAGCUAUUGUAUUGGCUCGUGCCAAAUUUUGUGGCUUCGGUCAUCUUCGUCACAUUUCUCGGCUUCUUCUUGGGUCCAUUAUUCCCAGCUGCAAUUGUCGCAGCCGCGAAGCUCCUACCUAGCGACAACCAUGUCAGUGUCAUUGGGUUUGCUGCUGCUUUUGGUGGCGCUGGUGGCGCCAUCAUUCCGUUCGGAGUCGGGGCCAUCGCGAAUAGCAAGGGCGUUUGGGUACUGCAACCCAUUGCUUUAGCAGUUCUUGUGGUACUUCUCGCCUUGUGGGUGUGCUUCCCGGGAGGGUAUCGGAAGGGUGGGCUUGAAGAAGCGAGGAGGAAUAAAGAACCUAUUGGGAAUGACAUUUUGGCGGGAUUGCACUGGAUAUCGAGGCUAUUCUCUCGGUCGAAAUAG